AUGGAAAAUCCCAUGAUGAAAUACACUGAACUGGAAGAUAUUGGCAAGGGGACUUUUGGACAUGUGGUUACAGCACUCAACAAAGCCACAGGAGGAGAGGUUGCCAUAAAGAAAAUAAGACUUAAAGGAUUGAAGAGGAAGCAAGUAACCGUUAAUGAAAUCAGUAUCAUGAAGAGGCAUAGGAGUCCCAGUGUUGUGAAUUAUUUAGACAGCUACCUUCGGGGUGAGGAACUCUGGCUGGUCAUGGAGUACAUGGAUGGAGGCACUCUGAGCGAUGUCAUCAGCAAGACCUGCCUGUGUGAAGGUGACAUAGCAUCCAUCAGUCAGGAGUGCCUGCAAGGACUGGAUUUUCUUCACUCAAACCACGUAAUCCACCGAGAUGUGACGAGCAGCAACAUCCUUUUCGGAGCCGACGGCUCUGUCAAGCUGGCUGAUUUUGGCAUCUCUGUUGAGCUCGGCCCUGAGGAGAAGAGACCGUCCUCGGUAGCCGGGACUCCUUGGUGGAUGGCGCCUGAAGUGCUGAUGCGUGAGCCAUAUGGCCCCAAAGUGGACAUAUGGUCUUUUGGAAUUGUGGGAAUUGAAAUGGUAGAACAAAAUGUUCCUUACUGGAACCAAAGUCCUGCCACGACUAAACACCUGAGAGCCACAGCAGGGACGCCUCAGCUGCGGCAGCCCAAGCUCCUCUCGGCUUGGCUGCGUGACUUCCUGAGCUGCUGCCUGCAGAGAGACGAGGAGCGGCGCUGGUCUGCCGACGAGCUCCUGCAGGUAAAACGCAAAGGGGCUGCAGGUGAAAGAGUGUGCGAGGGAUGGGCUCCUCAUCCAGUGAGGCCCGAGGCAUCAGAUGAGCCCCCUUCCUCCUCACCUCCUCCACUCUUGGUGCUCUUCAAAUGAAAAUGCUGAGCAGUGCUGGGCUGGGCUGGGCUGGCAGGGCUCUGUAAAGUCCUCUGGUCCAAGUGUCCUGCAAUGAGCAGGGACAUCUUUAAAGAGAUCAGGUUGCUCAGAGCCCUGUCCCACCUGAC